AUGAUGGGCGCUGCCUGGGGCAAUGAGGCGGGCUGCGGAGGGCUUGGAGUAGGUCUGGCAGCCCGAGCGCGGUCCUGCUGGGCAGCCCUCGGCCGCCCUCGGGACGCGAUCACAGCGCACCGGCAGCGUGGAGGUGCGAGGGCUGGACAGGGCUGCGAGAACGUCGAGUGGGGAGAUGGGGCGCAGACCGCGCAGAGUGGGAAGCACCUGGCCCGGGUGUCUGCUUUCCCAGAACAGCAGAGAAGAACCAUGUCACAGGGGUCACUGUCAUUCGGGGACGUGGCCGUGGGCUUCACUCGGAAGGAGUGGCAGCAACUGGACUCUGAGCAGAGGACCCUGUACCGGGAUGUGAUGCUGGAGAACUAUAGCCACCUGGUCUCCAUAGGAUGUCAAAUCAGCAAACCAGCUGUGAUCUCCAGGUUGGAGCAGGGGAAAGAGCCAUGGGUGGAGAAGGAGGAGAUGCGCAGGUGGAGCUUCCCAGAGGAAGUUUGGCAAGUUGCUACACAAGUAGGUAGACAACAGGAACACCAAGACAAACGUUCAAGUGACCUAGACCAGAAAAAUGUGAGCAGAAAAGAUCUCCAAGAAUGCAACGAACUUGGAAAAAAUUCCCAUCAGAACGCAAACCUUGUCCCUUCAGGACAACCAGCCCACACAUGUAAGUCGUGUGGAAAGAGUCUGCAAUGCAAUGUGGACUUCAGUCCUACGGCCUACCUUGCAAGAAGGAGAUUUGAGUGUGAUAGACAUGGGAACUUAUUCUCUAUUCUAAGCUUGAAACUCCGCAUUCUGGAGAGAACCCACGUGAAUGUAACCAGUGGAAGCAACAGCGGUGAGAAACCCCACAAGUGCACCAAGUGCGGGAAAGCCUUCCCCUGCAGAUCACAGCUCAUCGUACAUCACAGGGUCCACAGGGGUGACAGAUCCUACGGGUGCAGUGAGCAGGGCACUGGGUUCAGCAGUCAGGGAAAUCACACAAAAGAAGGACCUAGUGGAGGCAGCAGUCGUGGUAACACGACCUCCCGGAAGCCAGGCCUCUCGAUUCGUGCUGUAGAGAAGCCUUAUAAGUGUUCGGAAUGUGAGAAAACCUUCUCCCACAAGUCGCGCCUCGUGGAGCACCACCGGUCUCACACCGGGGAGAAGCCCUACGGCUGCAAGGAAUGUGGGAAGUCUUUCUCUCGGAAGUCCUGCCUCAUCAUACACUACAGAAUCCACACGGGAGAGAAGCCCUACGGCUGCGGCGAGUGCGGAAAAGCCUUUUUCCAAAAGUCACACCUCAUUCUGCAUCAGCGCACGCACACGGGCGAGAAGCCCUACGGGUGCAGCGAGUGCGGGAAAGCCUUCUCCCAGAACUCGUGCCUUAUCAUCCACAAGAGGACUCACCUGGGAAAGAAGCCCUACGAGUGCUCCGAAUGCGGCAAGACCUUCUCCCAGAAGGCCAACCUCAUUCGGCAUCACAGAAUUCACACCAGGGAGAAACUGUAUGGGUGA